AUGCACUGUCUUAUAGUCAUUGAGACCAACAGUGCUGUAAGCAAUACGAGAGACAAUAUUUUAUACUCGGAUUUAAAGCCAAUUGGCAGUCCUAUUAAAACGGUGGGCGCUUACUGUUGGGAUAAGUUAUCAAAAUUACCCGAAGAUCUAGUAUGCCUGAUCGAUGCGUCCACUGACGAAAAACUGACAAUCGGUGAACUCAAAUACCGGGCCAACAGUAUAGGUGUAGCGCUGGUUAACCGUGGGGUCACCAAACAGGAUACGGUAGCAUUUUCCGGACAAAAUUCAAUACAACACACAAUCAUGAGGUUUGCCGUUAAACUAUUGGGCAUAACAUUUAUGCCGUUAAGUCCUACGUUUGAACGAUACGAAGUGGAACAGGAGAUCAUAGCCUCCCGAACCAACAUUAUUAUGACCGCUGGUCAGGACUACCAUAAGUUUGAACAUCUUUUGCUCGAUAGUAAUGCCAAUGUUAUCAAACAGUGUAUAGUAUUUGAUGUUAAACAACAACAACAACUACUACAGCAUCGAGAAAGACAUGUAACAUAUGGACAGUUAUUAGCCGACGGAAGUGGUCAACAGUUACCGCAAAUACCAUAUUUCAAUGUAAAUCCUGAAACGGAUGUCUUGUUUUUGGUGCAUACGUCGGGCAGUACCGGUCGUCCCAAGUGUGCAAUGAUAGGGCAUCGGACGUUCAUCAAUGCCUCGCAAUAUUCUAAAAUAUAUCUGAACUAUGAGGACAACCCUAAACAUGACAUCACAACAGACAACAGCACCAUAGCUAAGCCAACGACAACCACCACAGUAUGCGCUAUACCUUAUCCUUGCGGUCACGUGUCGGGCACGUGUAUGAUACCUUUGCAGAUCAUAGCUGGUGUACAGUGUGUCAUAAUGGGUCAGUUUGACGAGGAAUUGCUGUUCAGGUCUAUUGAGAAAUACGGGAUACAUAUAUUGCCGGCGUUUCCCAGUUUCGGUAGGCGUUUGAUUGAAGGCGAUUUGGCUGACAGGUAUGAUCUGUCAAGUUUGAUUGGUAUGAGCACCGGUGGUGCACCGUUUCCCGGACAUAUUGCCCGACAAAUUAUCGAAAAAUAUAAUCUAGUGUUCAGAGAAACCUACGGUAUGACUGAGUAUAUAUGGUUUACAACUGGUGAGGAUGUCAUGGAUGGCAACCAACUCAUACCGGGAAACGUUGGUAGAGUGUCACCGGGAGGUGAGCUCAAAAUUAUCGACUUGAAUACCGGUGCAUCACUCGGAGCUAACAGUGACGGUGAGAUAUGCAUACGUGGUGUCCGACUAUUUAUGGGUUAUUUGGACAACGAUACGGCAAAUCGUGUAGCAAUUGAUGCGGACGGUUGGUAUCGGACUGGCGAUAUUGGUUACUAUGAUAACAGGGAACGACUGUUUAUAACGGGAAGAGUCAAAGAGGUGAUACGGGUUGGUGUGGAUAAUCAUUAUGUUAAUAUCAAUCCGUCGGAAAUUGAGAUGUUUGUGUUGACUCACCCGUCCAUUGCUGAGGUAGCUGUUGUAGGCGUCAACAACAUAGCCGGUACUCAUUGGCCGCGCGCUUACGUAGUUCUCAAACAGGGACAUUCAGUUAUCGGCGGCGAUGAUAUCAAAAAAUAUGUUUCCGAAACUAUGGCUUACACUAAACAACUGAAAGGCGGUGUUGUGUUUGUCCAUCAAAUUCAUAGGACAUCCAUUGGAAAAGUUGAUCGAAAAUACUAUAGAAAUUUAGUUGAAAACGAAUUAUUAGAUUAA